AUGGCCAGUCUGAACGCAUCCCUCUCCUUCUUUGCCACCUUCGCCCUCUGCCAGGUGGCCAGGAGGGCGGCCAAGGCCCUGCUCCCCGGGGGAACCUGCUCCCGCUUUGCCCGGGAGGUGGUGGGCGCCGCCCAGCUGGGGGCCUGCUGCCUGGAGAUGCGGACGCUGGCGGACGUCGGCCCCUGGGGAGGGGGCUUCGGCCCCGACCUGCUGCUGACCCCGCUCUUCCUGCUCCUCCUGGUGCACGGGGCCACCCUGGACGGGGCCUCGGCCGAUACCGCCGUGUCCCUGCAGGAGUUCCUCCUGGCCGAGGCCUCUCUGCCCGGCACGCUGCUGGACCUGGCAGCCCAGGCGCUGGGCGUGCAGGCGGCCUGUGCCCUGACGCGGCUCUACUGGGCCUGGGAGCUCAGCGACAUGCACGUCCUGCAGACCCUCAUGGACGUGCACUGCGGCUCGGCCCUGCGCGCGGCCGUCCCCCGCGCGCUGGUGGAGGGCUCCUGCGCCGUCCUCUUCCACCUGACCCUCCUCCGCUGCCGGAACAGUCUUCCCGUCUACAGGGUGCUGGCCAUGGCCCUGCUGGUCACCAUCAUGGCCUACACGGGAGAGGGGCUGCUGGCCGAGGGGCCAGAGAGUCUGGGGGUGGCCAUUUCCUGGGCACCUGGUGGGGAUGGCAGCCAGCUGGGCUGGACACAGUGUGCUGGGCUGGGACCCCGGCCCCUAUCAGGGCUGUCCUUCCUAGCUGGAGAUGACCUCCUGCAGCUGCGGGGUAUGGAGAAAAGGGCUGGGGAAGAAGAAUCCAUCCAGGGCUCCUGGGUGAGGGCCCCCUGUGACUCCCAGAAGCUGGGGGGACCCCCUCAACUCACCCUGCCGUGGGUGCCCUUCCUUCGCUGUACCUGUGCCGGGGCAGAGGAGCAGCAAAGGCCCGUUAGCAGUGUGGCCGCAGGGCUAGCGGGGGUGGGUGGUACCAGCAUCCACCUGAGGGUUAAAAGAGGUGCAGCAAGAGGGGCUGGGCACCUGUGGGUACAGGGGCCGUUCUCCAGAGCCACGGUGUCCGUGGAGGCCAGUCGUGGCCAGGCUGUCCUGGCCUUUGCAGGACUACUGUCCCACCUCCACACUCGCCCACACCCCCCAAAGCAGCCACCCCCAUGGAUGACAGGUCACCUUCAGGAGGCAGCUCUGGGAGGAAAGGCUGAGAGUCCGGACGUUUGUGCAGGGGAUGCUGGGCCCAGGGCCCCAGAGCACGGGAUGGUCCUGCCUGUCCCGCUGUGUCAUGGCCACCUCCCUUGCCUUUGCCAGAGGAAACUGUUCUACAGUCAGAAGAGCAAGUAUGGGGCCCCCAGAGGGAAGCCAGCCCCAGGGCCCCAAGUCACCCAGAUGCCUGCAGAGCACGGGGCCUGGGCAGCGUGGGGGUGCAGGUGGCAGGCGCUGAGCUGCACGGCGCCCUGA